GUAGCGGAGCCCCGGCUCGGGGGAUCGGCUGGGGCGCGGCCAAGCUUGUCAGAGCUCGGCAAUACUCGGCUAUGUUCGUCAAGGGCUCGGCGGCUCUCGCCAUAGCUCGGGCAGGGCUCGGGCUGGGCUCAGUAGUGCAGGGCAGAGCUCGGGCACUGGUCUAUAGCGCUCGGCCUGGCUCGGUAGAGAUCGGGUAGGGCUCGGUUCCCCUCGGCAAUACUCGGCUCUGCUCGGGAAAGCUCGGCUUCGCUUGGCGGGGCAGGGCCCGGCCCGGCGGAGCCCCAGCGGUUCCCGAGGCCGCCCCGGACCUUACGCUCCAUGACGCGGUGCCGCCGUUUUCUCGCCCGCCCCGCCGGUCUUUGGUCCCGAGGCGCGGCACCCCCAGUCCCGUGGUGCGGCGGGGAGGAGGCGAACGGCGGCCGGCCCCGUGUGCGGAGCAGCAGCCCUUUUGCCUUCCUGCCACCUCCGAGCCUCCACAGGGCAGAAGGCCUGUCAGCCGUCCCAUUCCCACGUCUCACCCCAUUUAACAGCGCCCCGGCCCCCAGGCAUGGCCACCCCGCGGGUCACCGAGAGCACCGUCACGGUGCAAGGACAGAGCCUCUUCUACCGCCGAGCUGAGCCAGCCCAGGCUGUGCCCAGGCUGACAGUGCUGCUGCUGCACGGCAUCCGCUUCUCCUCCGAAACCUGGCUGCAGGUGGGGACACUCGCCACGCUGGCCGAGAAUGGCUACCGAGCGUUGGCCAUCGACCUGCCGGGCUCAUCUCGCCCUCCCGCCAUGGCAUCACCGGAUGGAGCCAGUGGCGUGGGCGGCAGUCCCGAGGAGACGGAGCUCAGCAUCACCCUGACCCUCCGCAUGCUCAUGCACGGCAAGGAGAUCGGCAGCAUCAUCGGCAAGAAAGGAGAGACUGUUAAGAGGAUACGAGAGCAGAGCACUGCACGCAUCACUAUCUCGGAAGGGUCCUGCCCUGAGCGCAUCACCACGAUCACCGGCUCCACCGACGCUGUCUUCCGUGCUGUGUCCAUGAUCGCCUUCAAGCUGGAGGAGGACCUGGGAGCAGGGGGCGAUGGGGUGUCAGCAGGCAGAGCACCGGUGACCCUGCGCCUUGUCAUCCCCGCCAGCCAGUGCGGUUCCCUCAUCGGCAAGGCGGGAGCCAAGAUCCGGGAGAUCCGGGAGACCACAGGGGCACAGGUGCAGGUGGCUGGUGACUUGCUGCCCAACUCCACUGAACGGGCUGUCACAGUCUCGGGGGUGCCAGACACCAUCAUCCAGUGCGUGAGGCAGAUCUGCGCUGUCAUCCUGGAGUCGCCUCCGAAGGGGGCCACCAUACCCUACCACCCUGGUCUCUCCCUGGGCACCAUCCUGCUCUCUGCCAAUCAGGGCUUCUCCAUGCAGGGCCAGUACAGCGGGGUCUCUCCUGCAGAGGUGACGAAGCUGCAGCAGCUGUCAGGGCAUGCGCUUCCCUUUGCCCCCCUGGGCCAUGCACCCACCAUGGUGCCAGGUCUGGAUGCCAGCUCCCAGAGCAGCUCCCAGGAGUUCCUGGUGCCCAAUGACCUCAUCGGCUGCAUCAUCGGCCGGCAUGGCAGCAAGAUCAGCGAGAUCAGGCAGAUGUCAGGUGCCCACAUCAAGAUUGGCAACCAGACUGAGGGCUCCAGUGAGCGGCAUGUGACCAUCACAGGGACCCCUGUCAGCAUCACCCUGGCUCAGUACCUCAUCACAGCCUGCUUAGAGACUGCUAAAUCUACCUCCCAGGUGCCACCAGGCCCUGGCUCCAUGGACCUCAGCAUGGGCUUCUCCCAGCCCCUCGCCCCAGGCUCCGGUGCGGCUCUUCCCACCGUCGCCCCAGCGCCCCCGGCCCUGCUGGGCACCCCCUACGCCAUCUCCCUCUCCAACUUCAUCGGCCUCAAGCCGGUGUCCUUCCUGGCACUGUCCCCAUCCUCCAUGGCAGGUCCCAAUGGUGGCACCACCACCUACACGACCAAGAUCUCGGCGGCCAACGGCACCAAGAAAGCUGACCGGCAGAAGUUCUCACCCUACUGAACCCCACUGGUGGGUGGGCCAGGGGGUCCAGGGUGUUACUUGGUAGCAGGGACACCUUCCUGCCAUCCACCCUGAUCUCAGCCUCAGCCAGGUGCCCCAUAUCCCCCACCCCAGGGAAGGGUCUUCCUGGUGGUGAUGCCUGCUGGAGGAAGGGGCUGUUUUGUUGCCUGCUGUCCAUCCCAGCAGCACUGUGCGCCCCUCCCUGAUUUUCUGCACAGAGACCAUGUGUCCUAGUAUUGGGUGGGGGCUGUCCCUGCUGGCCUAGGGUCCCUUCUCCCAGUGCCCUGUGCUGGUGUGGGACCCCUACUUCCUGUUCCUCACCCUGCCUCCCCUGCCAUCCUGCUCAUGCCCACACUCCAUCUGGCACACAAAAGCCAGGUCCCACUGGAUGAGGACUGCCUGGCCUCUCCAGGAGUCCCACUUCCACUGGCUCUGGUGGCGGGCCCUCCCUGGGCCACCCUGGGGCAAUCGCCUCCCAGCAACCCCAUCCAAGAGCCAGUCCCUGCUGGCUUGGAAAUGCUGUAUAUAUAUGAGUCUAUAUUUUUUCCUCCUUUGUAACUUAUCAAUGGUUUAAUAAAAAGAUAAAAUUUACAAGA